AAGUCCGAAGACGGCUGCUAGAAGAACAACUUUUUGAUGUGUGCUAGCUACCGAGAGGAAGGAAAUAAUUUUCUUUUGGGAAAAUCGGAUCUAAUCCGUUCGGGAGAUUGCGUUCCGCCGGUUUUAUGUGUUUGGUCGGGUAAGUGUACCCGGUACGGUCAUUUUGGUGGUGCAAACGGCGCGGGUGUUGCAUUUUUUCGAGCUACAAGAUUGAAUUGAAAAAAAAAACGACGGGGAAAGCGGCGACGUCGUCGGUGGGAAAAAAUCGCGACGACGGCAAUAAGAAACUCAUAUUAAUACGAAAAGGGGCCAAAACUUGGUGAAAAGUGGUGGUGGCCCCACGGUUUUUUAAGGGUGACUGGUGCAGGAAAAGAUGUCUUCGAUCCUGCCCCGUGGAGAGGAAGCCAAGACGGCUGCCGCAGGUUUGUUAGAGCUGCAGCAAUCCGCCACUGAAGAACGGGGAGGGGUGGCAGCAGGUUCUGUCAGUUCCGGAAGCGGUAGCAACAACAGUGAUAAAGAUGUCUACUUUUGGCAACGAUCGCUGGAAGCACUGGCUCAAAAAGUAAUCGUUGGCGAUACGGCUGUCGCUUUGAAAGCUUCCGCUAGGGAACAGGCUGAUCGGGAAGCGAUGCACGAACUUCCGGAAAGUGAUCAGCAGCAGGAUGUUGGUGUUAAUAGUGGGCCGACGACGACGCCUCCGGAAGACGGAGCUGGUAGUUCUUCGGUGGGUGACCAAGAGGAUGUGGCCUUGGAGCAGGGACAGCAGCAGCAGCAACAACAACAACAGCACGACAGCAAUCUCUUCCGAUUGAGCUGCUGCUGCCAGGCCUGUCUCGGCUACAGGGAAACCAUCAUCCAACUUUUCGUCGAAGAUUUCGAGUACAACACCCUCUGGGAACGGUUGCAGUUGCUGAUCAAGAAGUUUUACGACUUCAUACCGGAGCAAGAUGAUUCGGUUUUGUAUCGACGUUACAUGAAGCUGAUGGAAAAGUCAUCGCUCAAGUGGCUCACCGACGGGCGGAUCAACACCAAGAAAAAUAUCCAAAUUUCGCUCGGUUCCAAUCUGCCGCUGUCCAAUGAGAUGACCUUUAUUCUGGUUUUUAGCAUGCUCUACACCCGGGAUCCGCACCAGCUGUUCGAGCUGCUCUGCCUGCAGCUCCGGUCGAUCGUGAAAGCCUACAGCCAGGGACUGGACGAUCUGAUUCAGGAAACGAGUGAUGGCGAGUUGCAGUACAACCCGACGGAUCUGCUCAAUUACAUUUUGGAUGGUUACGACAAGUUGUGCAACUCGGCCAAGGCACUGUCCCCUCUGCUGUUUGAACUGCAACGGGGACACUUGCAGCAAUUUUCCUUGACCUGGUGUCUCAUCAACAAGCGCAUGUUUCAACGGUACGUGUAUUUCGAGGUGCAGAAAGUGAUCCCGGAAUGUAUUCUGAAGUUGAAGGAACUAUUGUUCGACGAAGAAUACAAAUCGAUGGUGUUUCGUUUCAUCCAGUUUGAUGACGACAUGAACUCGACCUCCCAAAUUUGGCGAGACGUGUGGUCGUUGUUGCACGACUAUCACAAGGCCCGGGAUGAUUCUGCCCGCAGGAAGCGGAUCAGUUCAGCCCAUUCCCUCAUGGUUGCGGUCAAGGAGUCGGAGUUCAAUUUCGUUACGGAUGUUCAGCGGCAGCGGGAUCGACCAAUUGUCGAGUGGCUGGCGCUCGAAAAUCGCUAUCUUGUUUGGGAGUUUGUAGUGCAUAGUCUCAAAUCUCGCUGGAUUGCCUGUGUCAAUCCCAGGUUAACGGCUUCCAUCGAAAACGUCCAGUGUCGAAAGUGUAACUUUGCAUUGGCUACCCAUUAUAUUGGAUGUGAUUGUCGUACGUGUUUGAUUGCCGGUGGAACUUGUCUGGGAAUACUGAAAGAGCAGUUAUAUUGUGCUAAAUGUUCUUUCUUCAAAAAGCUUGAUCGGGAUUAUUUAGAUUAUAUUGGAGAAUUUUUCAAUAAACCUCUGAACGAGCGGCUUGAGAAAAAGCUCAACGGUAUGACAACACCUUCAAUUUCGGGAUCUUCCUCAAGUUCUACCACUGACAUUGCAGUUCCGUCUGAAGCAUCCGAGUCUGAAUCCCAAGGAGAUAGACCGGCGUCCGCCCCUGGUGCUACCGCUAAUAAUAAUUCAGAUGGUUCAUCGUCGAAGGAUGCGGCAGUUGCGAGUUCAAGCGAACCAACGCAAAACACUGCAUUGACCGAUAAAUCUGGGAUCUAUCAUAUAUCAUGGGCUAUUUUCAAACAUCUACCAGAUAGGUGUUGCUACACCUGGACAACCCUGGAACCGAAAAGGUUUUGCAUUUUCCAAGGGGAACCCUGUAGGAUCAACGCAUGUCGUGUAGCGAUCAAUAUUAUCGCUAUGCUUUACCCAUUAAAUUUAUCUAAAUUUUUGAUCAAAUCGUAUCAUCCGUUGAAGGAAGAGGAGCGACGGAAAAUGGCAGAAAACUGGAAUAUUGAUGUGAAAAAUUUCAUGCAGCGUUUCUGUGAUGAUAUCAAUAAACGCUGGCGAACGGAGAUGUCGGAUCGCAUUCAUCCGUUGCAUUUUCUAGAUCUGCUCUGGGAAUCGGACGAUUCGGAAUCCUCGCUACUGAGCGAUAUGGCAUCAGCUUUCGCCGAAUGGUUUCUGAUCGAUUUUCAAUUUCCACAACGUAACGUCAUCUACCAGUAUUUUACCAAGUUUUUCCUUGUCAAGGGUACGGAUAUCGAAUUCGACAUGAAAUGUUUCGAAACCGUUAGUGGUUCUCGACUGUUCAACUGGAGCACACCGACUUCUCCGUUGCGACAGAUGAUUGAAGACGAUAUGCAAAGCAAAUUGCUCGGGGUCAACUGGAGCUCGAUCAUACCAGAGGAAGCCUUGGCUGCUAUCAAUGGGGAAGAUUUUGCGAGCGGCCAAAGCGAUUGUAGCAGUCUUGUGGUGGCAACUGCCAGUGGCAGUAAUAGUUCUAUCGGCAGCGGUUCAGCGACGAUGGCAGCCGCCGUCAUUGAACCUUUGGUAAAGUUCUGCAGCGAGGACGGUACCAUUUGUAACGACUGCAAAGAUUGCUUUGCUGAUUCGGUCACAAAGUCGGAAAUUUUUGAAAAGGAAAUCAAAAAACCACUGGUGGAAGCGCUGAAACUGGCUGCUAGCAAUAAAAUACUCGAAACGGAACUUAAGUCACUACAAAAGGAACACAGCAUGUUGAAGGAUAUGGUCCGCGAUUUGGAGCAAAUUCACGAACAAAAGCACAGCAUAGCGCAGCAAUGCGUAGGCAUCAACAGCGCGGCAAACAUUCUUUGCAAUAGUAAUGCUAGUUCCAUAGGUAACAAGCUCGUUGCCGCUAUCACGAAUAGCAAAAGCAUAGAAAUAUCUUUGUCGAAGUCAGUUUCAACUAACAAUACUAAACCGACGACUCCAGCUUCGAUAUUGCCAGCAGCUGCCGCCAUGUUGAAACCUUCUAACAGCUCAAAUGCACCGAUUGUCGUCACCAAAUCUAGCGCUAUCAGUCCGGCCAAGGCGUUGCUGAAUCAGGCAACCAAUGCAUUACCCAAAAAUGGGCCCAUAGGGCAACAACCUCAACCGACAGCUAGUAAGAUAAAUCCUGCAGCAGCAGCAGUUCUAUCUCAACAGCAACAUCCCUCGCCCAAUGGUUCCAAGUUAUUAGCUACUAAAGCUCCGGGUAGCAACGGCGCCACUCUGUCUAAAGCAAUGCAAAAUUCAAGCGUCGCAAUGACACCGGGCACCGCAACGCAAUCGGUUACGGGUAAAGUUAGUUCCAAGGGUACCAGUACGCAUCCGGCUUCGGCCAAUAAUGGUGCAGCUCCCAUUGCUUCGCCCUCUACCAGUUCGAAUGGAGUGGCGGCUGCUGCGGCUGCGGCAGUGUCCAGCUGUAAUCCGCAUCAACCGCAUCACCCGAUUCAGUCUAAGGAGGAGCACAAGAGGACCUGUCACCGAGGUGGUGGUGGCGGUGCUGCCGCUGCUGCCGGCAUGAUCGGUGCAGGCGAAAAGAGUGGAGACGGUUCCUGCGUUUGCUACUACUGCACCCUGUUCGGACAGAGCGUUUGUUUGGAGUGCAACCAUAAUCAACGAACGAACGAAACGCGAGAUCGACUGAGGAAAAAAAUCAAACAAUUGCAAAGUAACAAAGACAACCAACAGCUCAAGUCGUUAAACUUGAAAAACAUCAAGAUCCCUCCCGGGGGGCUGCUGAAAAAGAUUAACACCAACAAAAGCAACUCUACGAAUGUUGUUACCGGCGCAACUGUUCCGACAUCUUUGACGACUUCCGCUGGCCCUAUCCCACCCAGUUCGGUUGCUGCUAGCAUCACGAAGGAAUCGAUCACCUCCAAGGUGGAAGCGAUGAAGAACAGCAACUUUAAACCGAGCACGGCCGGUGCCAAUCUGGCUGCGGCAGUGUCAGCAGCCGCUAAAAUACCCAUGGUGCAAAAUCCUUCGCUAGUGGCCGCCGCCAAGGCUGCUAAACUAUCGGAAUCGUCAAUUAUGAAACCUCGCGAGGGCCACCUGAUUCCAAGGGCGGCUGAAACUGUUAAUGCUGGACCAGUUCCGUUAGUUAAAAAGCUCAUUCCGGCACCACCCCCACCACCCACGAUGGCAGAACAAUCGCUGGACGAUAUUGUACGAUACAUUGAGGGUGAUGAUGGGGACGACAAACAAUCUGGAGGUGGCAAAAAGACGGGCAAGAAAACCAAACAAAAACAUAAGAAGCAGGAACUGAAGAAAAUCUUCGAGCUGGGAAAACUAAGCGGACAGUUUUGGGAUCUGGAGGAACAGCGGGCUCAGAAGCGGAUGCAGUUCCAGCAGAAUUUAAAGAAGAAGGACAAAAAACAGCUACUGGAGGACAUUAAAGCGUUCGAAAUCAAAAAAUUACAACUCCAAACGGACAUUAACUCGUUGGUUUCCAGCAUCCGGAACAUCAAUCCAGAAUUUCACUUCAAUGUCGAUGGGAUGAACGAUCCAACGAAAGAAAACAAAGAUACUGGAGCCUCGAAAGCUGCACCACGAAAACCAGAAGCCACAAAGGAACCUCCGGUGCCACAGAAAGUACCCAAUAAGCUGCAGCAAAACAUAAAUUUGAUACAGCAACAACAGCAAAAGGAGCGACAGCCAAACUCACAGCAACAACAGCCGCCCAAGGCAUCCAGUUUGUCUCCGCAGGACAAUGUAAACGUAGACCCGGCCCGCCGAAUGGUCACUAUCAAGCGAACGUUCCUCUCGCAGUCCGAGCCGCAGGUCACCGUUACGGCCAAGGGUGCGUCACCGGAGCAGGAUCAGCUGCUCUACACUUUUGUCAAUGGGCAGCUAAUAUCGCCUGCCUCGGAAACGAGCCCGGUUAGCAGUAGGCAACAGCAGAAGGCUCAACAACAACAACAACAAGGGACACCGCGGCAGAGUGCACAACAACAGCAACAAAUGCAACAACAGCUCAAAAUGAAGAUGGCUUUGAACGAUGCGAGGCAGUUGAGUGAGAUGUUUUCCAAGAACCAGAUAGUUACUGGGGACACGGACAUAUGGAUUACGGAAAAGUUGUUGAAGUUGAGUUUGAAGGAGCAAUCGCAGCAGCAACAGGCACAAUCGAUGCGAGAAAUCGAUGAAUUGAUGCAGAAAAUACAGGCUCAGAGCAUCGGAGGGAUUGGGGCUAGCAAUUCGAAGGAUCGCAAAAAGAAGGAGGAUGUGGUUUCAUUAAUCAACAAACUGACCGACAAGUUGACGCACAUUAGAAAUAAAGCUAAAAAUUCUAUGAGCGAAGCUCAGGCCAAAGCAGCGGCACAAAUGUUGAAUAAAAUCGUUAACAAAUUGGAACUGGAAAUGGACGAUCCAGAGGAAGAAACAGCCGGUAGCAAACAAAAGAAGACGAAGAAAAAGAAGAAGGAGAAACGGAACGAAGAAAUCGACGAAAUUGAUGAAAUUGUAGCUCGGUUGGACGGUUUGGAUGUUGGAAGUGGUUCCAAGAAGUCAGAAAGAAAUAUAGGGAAAAAUUUGAAUCGCAAGCUAAGCAAAGAUUCGGUAAGUUCUACUGGAAGCUCACAAAAGGUCAAGGAUGUGAAAGAACAGAAAUCCAAAGAAAAGGGUAAACCAGAACCAGUAAAAGAGAAAAAGUCCGAGGUUAAAGAAGUGGUGGAAACUAAGAAAAAAGUCAUUCGCAAGAAAAAUGAUGGUUUUAUUGAUCCAGAGUUUGAUAACAAUGCAUUCAAAUUGCUUAACCUGGAUGACAGUGGUUCGGAGGAAGAAAUCGAAGUUGAGGAUGUUGUUGGAGGUGAUAAAGAAACUGAGGAUGUUGCGGUUGUGGAUCGAUUAACCAGGCGAACUCCUUCUCCGGAACCAGUGCCAGUGGUUGAAACGCCUCGACCAAUGACUCCUCCGGAACCAGUUUCCGUUCCGACAGUACCUUCCAAAAAACCUAACAAGAAGAAGCCGGAGAAAAUCAAAGAAAUUACCCCGCCACCGGUAAAGGAGACUGAAUUGCAGAAAAACAAAGAAAAUGCUUCUCCAACACCAGUUUCUGUUACACAAAAGAAAAUCAAAAACAUUCAAAAUACCUCCAACAACAGUCAAAGCAGUAAUAAGAAAACCCCUUCUCCAAGUAUUGUUCAACCUACAGAGAAACCAACCAUAGAUGAUGCAAACCUCUCCAAACGUCAAAAGAAACUGCUCAAACAGCAACAGGAACAAACCAAAAAUGUACUACAAUCUUCGUUAAAGAAGCAACAACAAUACUCAAACACUCAGCAGUCGCAACCUACUAAUCCAUCAAACCGACAAAUAGAUAAAGCCGUUAAAACGGCCAAAUCAUCAUCCAGUAACAACAGUGACCGACAACCACGUUCCAGAGCUACCACUAGUGCGGACACUACACUUGAACUGAUAAACGAAUCGAAGCAAACGAAAAAUACUUCCACCUUCGGCACCCCAUCGAAAAUCCCCAACACUUUCCCACCCGGGGAUACUUCUUUCGGGGCCAGCAUAAUGGAUCAGCUGAGCCGCGGAAUACGAGUCGAGGGUCUUCAACUGCCGCCCGGUAUAACUUUGACACGGGUCGACCCUGCCCAAGCUGAAGUUAUUAAAGCCAAACGAGAAUCGAUAAAGAAGAUCUGCGAACCCAUGAAAACGGUCCAACCGGAACAGCCUAAGAUGCCGCCUCACACGAUGAUGAUGUCGGGUGGGGGGCCCUCGGUCGGAGCACCUCCCGGUAUGUUCAUGAUGAACCCUAUGAUGGGAGGGCCGCCACAGAUGAUGGGCGCUGCUCCUGGAGCACAGGACGCCGUCAUCAUGGUUGACACCAACAAACUUCAGGGCAGCAACGAAGGGGAUAAAAAAUCCGGCAAAAAGAAAAAUCGCAAAAAUAAGAGCAAGAAUAAAAGUGAUUCGUCCAACAAAGAUGGUGCUGGCAUUCCAAACCACCAUCAGAAAUCUGGCGAACGGAACGUUAAAAAUCAAAAAUCUAACGGAAACAAGAUUGUUACAUUGCGCAAUCCCAUGUUCCAGGGAGCUCCUUCUUCCAGGGUUCCCUCAAACGACCCGUCCAACAGCGGCAACAGUGGUCCCAAUAAUGGGUUCGAUCCGCAACAGGCGACCAUCUUCAAGAAUGACAAUGGCAUGUACACCAUUCGGAAUCCGGCCCUGCACCAGGCCUUGUCCGGUGCCGCGCCGGCCUCCAACAGUGGCUUCCGACCAUUCAACACCAACUAUCUGCUGGAGAAUGGACUGCUCCCGCCGGGCGGGACGGCGACCGUUACGGCGGUCAACUAUUUACAGCAGCAGCAACAGGCCAAGGAGUACAACGCGUUGCUCAACGAUGGUCCUAGCAGCAUAAAUUCGAAACCCUUCUCGGCCACAGUGGAACCUCCCAGGAAAUGUAACUCCGCCAUCGGUAGUGAGAUGAAGAAACAGAAGCAACAAUCCCAUCAUAAUCCGUGGCAUCAGAUGAACGGAGGGGGAACUAGCGGAAAUGGAACUUCCCAUGCAGGAAAUGAUCCAUUCAACUCGCUCGGCUCCAGCCAGCGAAGCUAUUCACCUUUCGAGAGUUUACAGUAUGGUCUCAGUGGCAACCAGGAGUACAUUGGCGAUCAGGGAUCACCGGCCGGCUACUUCCCGAUAAAUUCGCCGUCCACAGUGAGCGCGAUUGGCUCGGAAAGAUCACAUGCCAGGGCGCAGGCUGCCGCCGCUUUAUCCGUGGGCAGCGAUGCCAACUGUAGAAGCCGUUUGUUCGGAACAAAUGGUCCGAGUUCACUGGGGGGAUCCAGUAGCGGUGGACAUUGUUGUGACGACUCUCCGACAUCGUCUUACUUCGACAGUUUACACGGAACAGGUUCCAAUCACAAGUAUGACGAUAUGUCGUUUUUACAAAAUCUGCAACCGGGUCAGCGAUUGAAUAGCGAGGUCACAAUUCACAAUAUCAACGAGUCCAAAUUUCUCCGCCAGCAGGGACAGUCUCUUCCCAAUGAUAUCGAAAUCACGCGGAUACCGGGACCAGGAAGCUCGGCGACUGGUUACAACAGCCAUUCGGCUCCCGGUCCCCAAACGCCGGUUUCAUCCCAGCAGCACCGGCUUCUAAUGUCCCCGGUCAGUUCUUCGCCUUUGGGCGGCAUGCUAGGCAAUGAGCAUCUUGCUUCGCUGGCCGUGGGCCUACCCAGCACCGGUGGUGGAAACGUCGGAGCGGUGGACCCUAAAAUGUAUACCCAGAACUACCAGUCUCAACAAAUGCAUCUGCAGCAGCAACUAACUCAGCAGAUGCAGCAACUUCAGCUGCAAGCGAUCGGUCGUCCGCAGCAGCAGCAACUUAUCGGAGAGUUCGGAGAGAACAACAUAUUCGCCCCGAAUCAGAUGGUUAACCUGAACGAGUUGGAAUCGGAGGAACGGGACAUCGAAGCGUUCAAACGGUUUAACUACUACUUCGAUCCACCGAAGGACAAAACGAAAAUCAAUCUCAACGUUAAGGAGCUAGUAGGUAACAGUAAGAAGACGUCGUCAACCAUCGGAAGCGGUUCCCCGAUCAGCCACCAAGGUUCCCAGGUACCAACCGAGGGGGGUUCAAUUAAAAGCAACAACGACAGCAGCAAUAGCAGUGUCUGCAACGAUCUUAAUUUGGGAGGCGUCAGUAUUACCGAGGACAUUCAACCGAUUCGGCCGCAAGCACCGAUUGGAACUCCUUCCCAGAAGGUGCAUCAUCAGCAUCAUCACCCUCAGCAGCAGAUGACCCCGCCGGCAACUUCAACAACGACCACGGUAGUUGGGAGCGGUAUUUCCGGGGUGCUGUAUCCUGCAAACUCGGAUAGUCCGGCUUCAUCGGCUUCCCUAUUCGACGGGAUAUCUUCAUCGAUGAGCAGCCACGCGCACUCCUGUGAUGAUCUGUACAACGAUUUGUUGAGCAGUGGUACAGCUGGAGGAGCAGUUGGUGGAAACUUGGGGUUAAAUCUAAACUUGAAUUUUACCCAUCUACAACAGUCCAACUCUGAUCCGAUAGCAUACGACAGUGUAGGAAGCACCAACUUUGGUAUCAUUGGCACUUCUGGUAAUGCUGCUAGUUUAGGAAGCGUCAUUGUUGCGGGUUCGUCGUCUAAUAACGCUCCAGUUACUAACCCUUCGGCAAGCGAAAUGCCUCAGAGCCUCAUCAGCAAUUGAGCGCUAAAUGCUUACCAAUCCAAUCAAACCCAUUGAUUACACAAGUGUGAAAAAGAAGAGAGCCACGCAAGCAAUACCAUUAGUAACUAAACAGUAGUAGGGCACAAAAUACACCAUUCAAAACGACUCAAAGUUGCCUUCGAAACGGAAGUGCCAUACGAUUCUUAGUUCCUUCUAGCAAAGAUUUCUAGUUGAGCUAGUUAAAAAACAGAAAAAUAAUCUAUUUGUGGACGCAUGACGUUCCAGAUCUGUUUCAGAAACAGAAAUUACAACCAAAACUGCCACUUAAAAUUUGCGAAUGGUAUCUGUAGGAAUCUUGUCCAACUAGAAAAAAGAUUCAACGCAAAUGUUUCGAGAGAAUCCCAAACCAAAACCAAACGAAUGCUUCACUGCGCUGUAUGUUGCCUACUAGCUUAUUGAUUCAUUCGUUUGAGAGCGCAUCGUUGUUCUGGAAGAACUACGCAUCAACGAAUCGUAGAGUUUCAGGCACUAUGUAGCGGACGCGCACGUGCUGGAUAACGCAUCAUGCCUCCAGCUAACUGUGCAGCUUCGAUUGUGUGAUACCCAAUAGACAUUGUAUCUAUCUAUCUCAAAAAUAGGCUUGUUCUUGUGCUUGGAUAGGUGGAAAUCAGAUAGCAAAAAAUGCUAUGUAGGAGUUGUUUCGUUUUAUUUCCCUUUUGUUUGUUCAGCUUCCUUUGAGUGAGGUUUUUCUAUUCCGUGUUUUAUUGCUGCACUGAUGCUUCCAGAAAGCACACGGCUUUUAGGUGACGUGUUUUUGUAUUUCGUUCCGUAUUAUACUGAUAAAUAAAACUUUCCACAUCUUGAAUGUUUAUCGACGAACGACGUUUGUCACUUUAGAAAGACAGUACGAGCUUCCAAGUAGACGGAAAACACUGUUGCCACAUUUCCUAGCCAUUCAAAUCACUAUCACUAAAACAAACAGAACGCUAGAAUGCCCGCGGAAAAUGUUAAAAAUUUGAAGGAAAAAGCUCGAAAGCGUCUCCAUUUCACAGCGUUUUGGAGGACACUUAACUAACGAACAUUGUAAUGUUGCUCUUAUUAUAUUGUAAAUAUAUACAUAUAUUCCUUACAAUUAAAAAUGAGAACAAAAAUAA